CACAAUAAUCUCAUUCCUAAAAGGCUAUCUCUAUAGUGUGGAAGUAUAGAGAGAGAGAAAGAGAGAGAGAGAAUGGGAUCUGUGGCGGCAGAAGCAGAGGCAAGUUCCAUACCAAAGCUUCCACUAUUAACUCUGCCACCAAUGCAGUCACCGGACCACCGUUCAGGGAUGCUAACACCACCCCUCAACCCCUCCGCUGCCGUCCCAUUCCGGUGGGAAGAACACCCAGGGAAGCCCCACCCCUGCACCGCCCUCAUAAACACUAGAACUAAUAGCAGCUUAGAGCUACCUCCAAGGCUUCAGUCCAAAAUGACCAAAACGCCCUCCCCCACCGCCGUCCUUGACGGUCCUUAUAUCCCUGUGUUUCAGUCAUCCUCAUUCAGGUUCACCGAGACGGCAGUUUUGUCAUUUGGCAGGAGUGGUGGUGGUGGGAGUCCUGAGAGAGGGCAGCUUGGUUCUAUGGUCCAUAGGAAGAGAGGGUUGUUUGGUUCUUGGGGACGAAAGGGUAAUACUACUAACCUUGUUAAGGGUAGUAAAAGGGGUCGGGGUAGGGGUAGUUUUGUCUAUUCAUCUUCCAUGGACAUAGCAAAUUCUGGAGAUGAUGAGAAUGAUGGUAGCAGAUUUAGAAGGAAAGGAAGCCUUUCUCAAGCCAGGCCUCACUUCUGGGCAACUAUAUACGAGACCUUUAAGCAAGUGCUCCCAUGGAGUAAAAAAACGAAGACAGACGGGCCCGUUAUUUGAACUAUUUCUGGAUUUUCACUUUGAAUCAACAGGAAGUCCUCCCACUUUCAUCCUUUAACUUUGAUAUUUUCAUGUGAUUGAAAUUGUAUUAAAAUGUAAUAUAUAACUAAUUGUAAUUGCCUAUACAAUAUAAUGUCUCCGUUUUACAUUUUGCA